AUGGCGGGCCAGGCCACCUUUCUCGAGAUCUCCAUCAGUCCAGUGCGAGAAGUCGUGCCCAAGGACCAGCAGUUGGAGCUCAAGGUGGCUGUUCAGAACACGGCCGAGUCACAGGUCACAGUCCUCAAAUGGAACACUGUUUUUGACACUCUGGCACCCUCUCUCGGCGUCUUCGAGCUACGCGACCUGACCGCAAGCGCAGACGUGGAGCAGAACAUCAUGAUGGUCCGUCGACAGAUGCCGGCAAAGGAGAGCGACCUUGUCGAACUGGGACCAAAGCAGUCCGUCGAGACUACCGUUACCUUCCAGAACCUGGAGCUCACGUCUGGGCACAAGUAUUCCGCUCGGGCGAAUGGCUUCUGGCAGACUGUCUGGAAGAUGCCCAAGUCAGACGUCGUGACAGGCCACCUCGACCUCUCUGGAGGGAUGAACGGCGAUUUUGCUUCCAACACUGUAGAAUUCUCCCAGGUGAAUCUAUCCCUAUCUAGUACAUAUAUAUAUAUACAUGAUAUUAACUUGUUUUAG